CAUCAUUCCUCGAUUGAAUCGCGGAGUGUUAGGUAAUUUUUUGCUUCGAUCUGGUGCGGCCCCGGCAGUCCGGUGCUUGAAAAAAAUAUCUUCCAGCUCAGAAGGCUGAAGAUCGUCGCGUAACAGUGCAAAGCAGAAAAAGUUUUCGAUUUGUUCUUCUGUGUGGAUUCCGGCCGGUCUGUGCUGAAAGUUAGGAAAAAUGGUCCAUUACGCCCGUUUGCUGAAGGUGCAGGCCAAGCGUGCUGCCCUGUACGCCGUUGAGUCACAGCAGCGUCAGUUCCAUGCAUCCUGUGCCGCUGCUUCCAAAGUGGCCCUGUCCAAGUUCGACCAGGAUGUUUAUCUGCCGUACGAGAAGUUGCAGAAGAACAUCGAAAUUGUCAAGAAACGGUUGGGACGUCCUCUGACUUUGAGCGAAAAGAUCUUGUACGGACAUCUGGAUGAUCCGGCCAAGCAGGACAUCGAGCGUGGCGUUUCCUAUCUGCGUCUGCGCCCGGAUCGUGUGGCUAUGCAAGAUGCCACCGCCCAGAUGGCCAUGUUGCAGUUCAUUUCCUCCGGAUUGAAGCGCGUCGCCGUUCCCUCGACCAUCCACUGCGAUCACUUGAUCGAGGCCCAGGUCGGUGGAGAGAAGGAUUUGGCCCGUGCCAAGGACUUGAACGCCGAAGUCUACAAGUUCUUGUCUAGUGCCGGUGCCAAGUAUGGUGUCGGUUUCUGGAAACCAGGCUCCGGUAUCAUCCAUCAGAUCAUUCUGGAAAACUACGGCUUCCCCGGAUUGUUGAUGAUCGGUACUGAUUCGCACACCCCGAACGGUGGAGGUUUGGGAGGUCUGUGCAUUGGCGUUGGUGGUGCUGAUGCUGUUGAUGUAAUGGCCAACAUCCCAUGGGAACUGAAGUGCCCGAAAGUUAUCGGUGUACAUCUUACCGGAAAGAUAAGCGGCUGGACUUCACCCAAGGAUGUCAUCCUGAAGGUUGCUGACAUCCUGACUGUCAAGGGUGGUACCGGUGCUAUUGUUGAGUAUCACGGCAAGGGUGUCGAUUCGAUUUCCUGCACAGGUAUGGCCACCAUCUGUAACAUGGGUGCUGAAAUCGGUGCCACCACCUCCGUUUUCCCCUUCAACAAACGUAUGGAAGAUUACCUGGUGGCCACUAGCCGUGCUGCCAUUGCCAAGGAAGCUAAGAAGUUCGAAAAAUCGGUGCUUACCGCUGAUGCUGGAGCCAAGUACGACGAACAGAUCGAAAUCAACCUGGACACCCUGGAACCACAUGUUAACGGACCUUUCACUCCGGAUCUGGCUCACCCCAUCAGCAAACUCGGAGCCAACUCGAAGAAGAACGGAUACCCAAUCGAUAUCCGUGUAGGUCUCAUCGGAUCGUGCACCAAUUCCUCGUACGAAGACAUGGGCCGUUGCGCCUCGAUCGCCAGAAACGCCAUGAAGCACGGUCUGAAGUCCAAGAUUCCCUUCAACGUCACUCCCGGAUCGGAACAGAUUCGUGCCACCAUCGAGCGGGACGGAAUUGCCAAGACCUUCAGUGAGUUCGGAGGAACCGUGCUGGCCAACGCUUGCGGACCCUGCAUCGGCCAGUGGGAUCGUAAGGACGUUAAGAAGGGUGAAAAGAACACCAUCGUGACUUCCUACAACCGUAACUUCACCGGUCGUAAUGACGCCAAUCCCGCUACCCACUGCUUCGUCACCAGCCCCGAACUCGUGACGGCUCUGUCGAUUGCCGGUCGCCUCGACUUCAACCCGCUGACCGACGAAUUGACCGGCAAGGAUGGCAAGAAGUUCAAGCUGGAGGCACCGUUCGGAGAUGAGCUGCCCAACAAGGGAUUCGACCCUGGCAUGGACACCUACGAGGCUCCCCCAUCGGACGGCUCCUCGGUCGCUGUCGAUGUCGAUCCCAAGAGCCAGCGGUUGCAGUUGCUGGAACCCUUCGACACCUGGAGUGGCAAGGAUCUGAAAGACAUGACCGUGCUGAUCAAGGUUAAGGGAAAGUGCACCACCGAUCACAUCUCCGCCGCCGGUCCCUGGCUGAAGUAUCGUGGACACUUGGAUAACAUCUCCAACAACAUGUUCAUUGGUGCCACCAAUAUCGAAAACAACGAGAUGAACAAAAUCAAGAACCAGGUUACCGGCGAUUGGGCUGGCGUUCCGGACGUUGCCCGAUUCUACAAGGCCAAGGGAAUCCCGUGGGUUGCCGUUGGUGAUGAAAACUACGGCGAGGGUUCGUCCCGCGAACAUGCCGCCCUGGAACCGCGUCACCUGGGAGGCCGUGCCAUCAUCGUCAAGUCUUUCGCUCGUAUCCACGAAACCAAUCUGAAGAAGCAAGGUCUGCUGCCGUUGACUUUCGCCAACCCAGCCGAUUACGAUAAGAUCCAACCGACCUCGAAAAUCUCCAUCCUCGGCCUGGACAAGUUUGCCCCUGGCAAGCAGCUGGACUGUGAAAUUAACAACGGCGGUAAGGUUGAGAAGAUCAAGUUGAACCACUCGUUCAACGAACAGCAGAUAGAAUGGUUCAAGGCCGGAAGUGCGUUGAACCGUAUGAAGCAGCUGGCUAAAAACUAAGAAUCCACUCCCUUAUGCUAUCCAAAGUACAUUUAUUGAUAAACAUAAACAGUAGGGUCAGACUUAAGAAAACGAAUAACUCAUAUGGAUACCAAUGAUCAUCAGUAGCAGCUAGUUUAAUGGCGCGACGAAACAUUUUUUGAUGCGAGCUGGGGACAGCCUAUUGAAAAUCAAUUACUUACAAAUAAUGGCCUCCCGAAAAUCGAGUGACUCCCAACAUGAAGACGGAAACUUAGUCGAAAGGUAAAAAAUUAACCUUACAAAUCUACUUAAACAAACCUCUUUAUCAGGAAAACAUGUCUUAACCAGUUUACUAGUGAAAUCGUAGGAGACAAAUUUUGUUACUUGUACAUACAAACAAAUCUAUUAUUUUGAUUUUCAAGCCAGCUUAAACAUGAGUGGAAUAAUAGAAACGCAACCUUUUAGAUGUAAUAAUAUAUAGAGUCAGAGUACUAAAACAGCUAGGACAUAUGUGUUUGUCUGGAGUCAGUAAUUUACGAGUUUAGAAGUCAAAAAUACAUUGGUAUUACGAUAUGCAUGGAUUUUCUAUAAUCAAUUACCUAUCUUGCUGAAUAAAAAAGGCGAAGAAGUUUUUUUUAGCAAUCCUGUUUUGAAUACAUUUUUUUCUGCGACAAUAAACAAAUUGAAAAAAACUGGA